CUUGGCAUGGUGGGGUCCAAUCAUGCCGCGUUCAUUAAUCAUGAAAGUGUAUUUGUAUGUGAACAGAAGAGGGGUAUCCCCAAUUAUCACGCAGCCCUCGAUAGGACUUCAAGUUCUGGGACCAUUCCGCAGAACACCUGCAUCCCAAGGGACCGCUUUGGGGCCGUCCCGAUCCCGACGACAGGGCGGAAUACCCCAGGCCCGGGUGGAGCUAAACCCCGCAUUGCAUCAUUCAUGUAGAUAGAGGCAUCGGAGCUGAAAUAUCCUCCGGAUCGUCACGGGAACAGUAGAGGGAACUCGCUGGUAUCAUACUAGUGAAGGGCCAGGAACUAGCCAACCAGAGGGAAGUUUAUUCCCUACAGAGUGCCUAUAGGCCAUUAGCGACAGGGUGCUCACUGCCACUUCCAAGCGGGGCGCCGAGCUAGGAUUUUGCCAAAUGCCGCGCCAACUUGGCCUGCUACCGUGACUGGAAAACCAAAUGUGGAUAGCAGGCGUAUUCUGAAUCUUUGCGAUAAGCCUUCAACAAACACCUCAAACAAUGAGGCUAGCCUAGAAAUGUCAUUAGUGUGUGAUCCCGAUACACAAGUCCCCGCUUAAGGGGCAAGGCUGCCAUUCAAUGAGGGGACGGAAAGAGGGGCACGACUAUAUAAUAGCCAUUGUGUGCUUUCUUGGUCUCGAUUAACCCAUUCACUUUCACUAAUUUUGCCAAGAUGUCUCUUGACACUACAACUUUCCGCAACGUCAUCAAUAACGAGUUGACUACCACCGCGGAAACGCGCCAUGGUAUUAACCCAGCCAACCGCCAGCCUAACCCCGAAGUGCCUGUGAGCACAGCGGCGGACCUUGACCGGGCCGUUGACUGCGCCCGCGAUGCCUUCACCAAAUGGUCGCGCACCAGCGUCGAGGAGCGCCGCGCAGCCAUCCGGGGCUUUGCCGGGGCCAUCCAGGCUAACCAGGCCGCCCUCGCCGCGCUUCUCACGCAGGAGCAGGGCAAGCCGCUUGAUCAGGCAAACGUAGAGGUUGCCAUGACAUUGAAAUGGUGCGAGGGGCUCAGCUCGCUGGAGCUCCCGCAGACGGUCCUAGAAGAAACAGAGAACCGCAAGGCCAUCCAUCGAUAUGUGCCCCUCGGCGUUUGUGGUGGCAUCGUGCCCUGGAAUUUCCCCGUCUUGCUCGCUGUGGGCAAAAUCAUCCCCGCGGUGUACACGGGCAACGUCAUCAUCGUCAAGCCGAGUCCCUUCACCCCCUACUGCGAUCUCAAGCUCGGCGAAUUGGCCGCGCGCUUCUUUCCGCCCGGUGUCGUCCAGGUGCUGAGCGGUGGCGAUGACCUCGGCCCCAUGCUCACCGAGCAUCCUGGCGUCGAUAAGAUCAGCUUUACCGGGUCAAGCUUGACGGGAAAGCGUGUGAUGGCCAGCUGUGCCAAGACACUCAAGCGUGUCACGCUUGAGCUGGGCGGGAACGACCCAGCCAUCAUCUGCGAUGACGUCGAUAUUGAGGCCAUCAUUCCCAAGAUUGCCACCCUCUGCUUCCUCAACGCGUCACAAAUCUGCAUGAUGGUGAAGCGACUGUACGUGCAUGAAAAUAUUUACGACACGUUCCGCGACCAGCUGGUGGCAUUUGUGCGGAAUUUCAAAGUUGGGAAUGGCACUGAGCCAGGCGUCUUCAUUGGACCCAUUCAAAACAGCAUGCAGUUCGACAAGGCCAAGGAAAUGUUCAAGAGUGUCGCGGCUGACGGACUCAAAGCGGCUGUGGGCGGUGCCAUCACCGACUCGGACGGCUACUUCGUGCAACCAACCAUCAUCGACAAUCCACCAGACUCAGCGCGAAUCGUGCGCGAGGAGCCCUUCGCACCGAUCAUGCCCAUUCUUAAGUGGUCCGACGAGGAGGACGUGCUGCGGCGCGCCAACGACUCGGAGAGUGGCCUGGGCGCGUCCGUCUGGUCUCGUGAUCUAGAGAAGGCGCAACGUAUGGCCGAUAGACUGCAGGCGGGCAGUGUUUGGGUCAAUACGCACUUUGAAUUGGAGCCGGGGAUGCCGUUCGGAGGACACAAGACGAGUGGAAUUGGGACGGAAUGGGGAGUCAGUGGGCUGAUGCAGCAUUGCAAUAGCCAAACGUUGUGGAUCAAGAAAAAUCCAUGAUUGUGUAUAACUCGUUAAAUGAGAAUAUUAGUGCCCCUGUUCACCAGACUUGGUGAC